GCCGUCCCAGCCUCGCCCGACCUCUCGGACCCUGCCGCCGUGAAGUCACAGCGGCCAGGUUCCAGCCCCCGCGCCCGCUUGCUCAACUGCUCGCCCCGAUCGGAUCGUUCGAAGGGGCUGGGCCCGGGGCGGGGAAGGUGGGCCAGGCCUCCAGGAGGAGGGAGAGCUGCCACCUCGCAGGCGCCCGGGAUUUGCACCCCAUCGGGGCGCGCCUCUAGUGCCCCCUGCCUCCUCCCAUCAUGACGGCUGACCCCCCUCGGGGCGGCCCCAAGGCCGAGCCCACCGCCAACGGGGUCUCCACGGUGGUGGUGACGGAGCCCGAGGAGGCGACGACGGCCAGGGGCGACCGCGUGCGCCGCUGCCUGCGCGCCAACCUGCUGGUGCUGCUCACGGUGGUCGCGGUGAUCGCGGGCGUGGCGCUGGGCCUGGUGGUCCUCAAGGUCCGCGGCGGGGAGGCCCUGGACCCCGCCACCCGCGUGGCCUUCGGCUUCCCCGGCGAGCUGCUGCUGCGGCUGCUCAAGAUGAUCAUCCUGCCCCUCGUGGUGUGCAGCCUGGUGGGUGGCGCCGCCAGCCUGGACCCCGGCGCCCUGGGCCGCCUGGGCGCCUGGGCACUGCUCUUCUUCCUGCUCACCACCCUGCUGGCAUCGGCGCUCGGCGUGGGCCUGGCGCUGGUCCUGCGGCCCGGAGCCUCCUACCAGGCCACCAACGUCUCGGCCGAGGCCCAGGGGCCCGAACUCCCCGACAAGGAGGUGGCCGAUUCGUUCCUGGAUCUUGUGAGAAAUAUCUUCCCUUCCAACCUGGUGUCCGCGACUUUCCAGACAUACUCGACCUAUUAUGUACCCCAGAAAGCCAAUGGAACCCUGAAGGAGCCCAGGGGGGAAAUGGUGGAAGGCAUGAAUAUCCUGGGCCUGGUGGUGUUUGCCAUCGUCUUUGGUGUGGCCCUGCGGAAGGUGGGCCCUGAGGGCGAGCUGCUCAUCCGCUUCUUCAACGCCUUCAAUGAUGCCACCAUGGUGCUGGUUUCCUGGAUCAUGUGGUACGCCCCCGUGGGCAUCCUGUUCCUGGUGUCCAGCAAGAUCGUGGAGAGUGGGGAUGUGGGGGUGUUGUUCGCCAACCUGGGCAAGUACAUCCUGUGCUGCCUGCUCGGCCACGCGAUCCACGGGCUGAUCGUGCUGCCCCUCAUCUACUUCUUCUUCACGCGCCAGAACCCCUAUCGCUUCCUCUGGGGCAUCUCCUCGGCGCUGGCCACCGCCUUUGGGACGUCUUCCAGCUCAGCCACGCUGCCCCUGAUGAUGCGGUGCGUGGAGGAGCGGAACCGGGUGGCCAGGCACAUCAGCCGCUUCAUCCUGCCCAUCGGCGCCACGGUCAACAUGGACGGCGCCGCCCUCUUCCAGUGCGUGGCCGCCGUCUUCAUCGCGCAGCUCAGCCAGCGGCCCCUGGACUUCGUGAGCAUCAUCACCAUCCUGGUCACCGCCACAGCCUCCAGCGUGGGCGCAGCGGGCAUCCCGGCCGGAGGGGUGCUCACCCUGGCCAUCAUCCUCGAGGCCAUCAACCUGCCGGUUCACUACAUCUCCCUCAUCCUGGCCGUGGACUGGCUGGUGGAUCGGUCCUGUACUGUCCUCAACGUGGAAGGGGACGCCUUUGGGGCUGGGCUCCUCCAGAGCUACGUGGAUCGCACUGAGAAGCAGAGCUCCGUGCCUGAACUACUCAAUGUGAAGACCGAGGCGACCCCUCUGCCGCCCCUUCGUAUCGAGGAGGGAAACCCCCUCCUCAGACACUGUCCUGGGCCGGCUGGGGACGCAGCCACCUUCGAGAAGGAGUCAGUCAUGUAAGGCCCAAGGUGGGCCCCCGAUGGAGCACUGGA